AUGUCCUUUCCGCCAAGUUCCGCAGGCUCAGAAGAGACAUUCAAUCAUAUUCGCAGUACUAGUAGGACGGGUUCUACCGUUGCGCGAGGCUGGCACAUGCAACUCGAUUCCAGAGGCGCCCACGUACCCAACAGGCACACAGUGGAUGGUUACUACUUGAAGCACCGUUACGCAUCAUCAAGUGCUUUCACGAGAACUCAGUGGUCAAAGACUGCAGUCUCCCCAAAGUCACAGUCAAUCAGCCAUGCCAAGAAAAAAGAAUGGCUUACCACUACCAUCCACCGAGCCAUAUAUCCCACCAAAUCCCCUAACUGCAUACACCGAGCUGGUAGCCUUCUUCUUAGCAUCUACCCAUCCAUCAGCAUCAAUCGCAUGCCUUCACCUCUGAACGCCAUCAAAUGA